UCAAAAAUUUAUCGUAGCGGCGCUGUCUUUCUGGCGCCGCUACCACCACCACCACACACAUUUCAGUUUUCCCUGUGACGCAUCCAUGGAUAGUGUCUCGGAGUUUCCUUUGUUUGGUUCUGACCCAUUUGACAUUACACUUCUCCAAAAUUUUCUCGAGGAGGAGGACCCACUUGUCUAUUUAUCCAAUGAUGAUGUACCCAAUGAACAGUCCCUGCAGCAACAACAUGUUCCUUUUGGCGGUAAGUGUGUUUUCUUGCCGGAUCCAGUGAUUCAAAAUCAACCAAAUGGAGAAGGAGUUGCUAACUGUGUAGGGGGUUCAUCAUCCACCAUGAGGGGUAAGGAACACAUGAUGCAAGAUCAAUUCUUGCAUGCCUAUGGCAAUGAUAAUUUUAUCAAUGAUGAAACAUUCGGUAACUUCAGUAAACCGGAAUUUGAGAAUAUUGGUCCACUCAUUUACCAACAUGAACAUAUGAUGUCACUUCCGCAUUGGCCACCGUCACCAAAGCCAUUCUUUUGCAGUUGCUGUCAAGUUCUUAGACAAAUAAUUCACACCAAUGGUUCUAGGUUUGACAAGCUUGAGAUACAUGGAACGAUAGGGAUGAUUAGCCAUGCAAUAAUCCGGAAUACCACUCCGGGUGAUCCUUCAAGCAAUUAUCAAAUGGUUGAUUUCUGUAACAGAAACAAAGAAGAAAUUAAGAGUUUCCUAAAACAAUACUGUGAGCAGCAAAAUAUAUUCGGGUACAUUAUUAUGAAAGAUCCGUUGUCUGCGUAUUAUGAUGCUCUCAGCACUGGAAUGGAUUGGGCUCAAGAUAUCAGUGACGAAGACGAUGAUUUGAUAUCAGGUCGGUCUUUGUCACGUUUUCUCCUCAUCCAUUAUUAUGACAAUUUCAUUCUUGAAUCGUUAUGUUUGUAG